AAAUCAAAUCCAGUGUGAUGUUGGGCCUCCCGUCCGCCAGGCGGCGCUGCUCGGAGAACCGCGUCCCGGCGCAGCGGCGUCAUUAUAAAUACAGCCCGGAAGCCACGGGCCAGUCGAGCAAACAGAAACAAGUGUACAUGUGUGAGUGAGUCGAACCGGCGUCGUGUCGGUCGGUAACGUACAGGAGGAUGAGGUGCCUGUCCAGGUCACAGAAACAGAGCUAGGUUCACAUGGGAUCUCACUGACACAGGAAAAGGUAAAGCACAACUUUUCAGCCUGUGUUAAAAAAUCACUACCGUCGACAUGUCCCAUCGAGGGCUCGUGACUGCCGUCAUAACGACGGUGCUCGGGGCGACCCUGGGCGGGCUGCUGAUAUGGCGAGUUUAUCGAACCAAAAGGAAGAGGCCGCCUUCCGUCCAGAAGGUGGCCGAUCCUGUGGAGGCUCUGCCUCCUGCGGAAAAGGAGCUCCCGCCACAAAACCACCGCGAGGAGGAGCUCGCGGCCGCAGAGUGUCGGACCACACAACCGCCCCCUCCCGUGCAGGCGCAGGUGCAGAUCCCUUCUUCGGAACAGCUGCUCCGGGUGAAACCGGUGACGGUGAACUCCGAAGAGGAAUGGGAGCGUCUGUGGCCGCUGAUGCAAGAGGAGCUGUCGGUUGUCCCUGUGCUGGGUCUCGACUGUGAAUGGGUAAAGACCAACGGCGUCUCGGUGAAGGGCCAGGCGUCCGCCGUCUCCCUGCUGCAGUUGGCCUCGUUUUCGGGUCUGUGCGUCCUGGUGAGGCUGCCGCCGUUUCGCAGUGGUGAGCAGACGUUCCCGCUCAGCUUCGUGGAGGUCCUGCGAGACCCCCACGUCCUGAAGGUGGGCGUCGGCUGCUACGAAGACGGCAAGCGCCUGACGCGCGACUACGGCCUGUCCCUGACGUGCACCGUCGACCUGCGAUACCUCGCCUUGAGACAGAGGCAAACUACAGUGAAUAACGGCCUCAGUCUGAAGUCCCUGGCGGCGGAUCUGUUGAAUGUGUCUCUGGAUAAAUCUCUGGAGCUGCGCUGCAGCGACUGGGAGGCAGAUCAGCUGACGCUGGAACAGAUGAAUUAUGCCGCCAGAGACGCCCAAGUGUCUGUCGCCCUCUUCCUCCAUCUCCUCGGCCUCCGCUCCGAAGCCGGACCCGCCCACUCCAGCGGGAGUUGCUACUCCGAGUUGGCCGCCCGCUGCCAGGGCCUGGUGGACGUGCCCUUCAGGGGCCGGGGAGACGGAGACGACCGGGCGGCCGCCGACGGCGGAGGCGGCGAGAGGAGGCGGAGGACGAUGCGGAAACCGCCUGCUUACGAGAGCCCAGAGUCUGGAGAUCAGCAAGUCCCAGACCCUCGAAAGAACAACAAGAGGAAACCGCUGGGCGUGGGAUAUUCGGCCAGGAAGUCUCCUCUCUAUGACAACUGCUUCCUGUACGCUCCCGACGGUCAGCCUCUGUGCACCUGCGACAAGAAGAAAGCCAAAUGGUACCUGGAUAAAGGAAUAGGAGUGCUUCAGAGCGAGGAGCCGUUUGUGGUGAAGCUGCUGUUCGAGCCGUCGGGACGUCCCGACUCGCAGCAGGACUACUACCUCACGGCCAAGGAGAACCUGUGUGUGGUCUGCGGCAAAGAGGAUUCCUACAUCAGGAAGAACAUCGUGCCGCACGAGUACAGGCGGCACUUCCCCACCGAGAUGAAGGACCACAACUCCCACGACAUCCUGCUGCUCUGCACCAGCUGCCACGCCGCCUCCAACGUGCACGACGGCUUCCUGAAGCAGCAGCUGGCCGACGAGUUCGCCGCCCCGCAGGGCUGCGAGGAGGGCGUCCGCCUGCUCGAGGACUCGGACCGGCGGCGGGUGCGCUCGGCCGCCCGCGCCCUGCUCACCGCCGGCGACGGGCUGCCGGAGCGGCGGCGCGAGGAGCUGCAGGCUCUGAUCCGCGGCUUCCUCAACGCGAAAGAGGGGCAGGAGCUGACGAGCGAGGCGCUGCAGCACGCGGCUGGUUUGGAGACGAGGAUAUUCAACGAGGCGUACGUUCCUCACGGCCUGAAGCUGGUGCAGGCUCACGCCGAGCGCGGCCUGCGGGGCCUGAUGGACCUGGAGCGCCGCUGGCGGCAGCACUUCCUCACCGCCAUGCGCCCGCGCCACCUGCCCCCGCUAUGGUCCGUCGACCACAACCACGGAAAGUUCCUGCGCAAGUACGGAGAGGACCUGCCCGUCAAGCUCAACUGACGGCUCCGCCUCCUCGGGACGGGUCCCCACGCCCCCUCCACGUCAUCUGCUGGUCACGGUGCCGGAUGGAUUUCAAGCUUCCACAGCCACUUUAUCAAUUUUAAAGCCAAAUAGCUUUUUUUUUUAAGUGAGUGGGUGGAGGCUCUGAUCCACUGUUCGACGGGACCAGGAUGUUAACAGAGUGUUCCCACUCACACACUCGCGACGAGUGUGUGAGUGAACACACUCGAUCUGUGAUGGGACGGUGGAGGACCAGUGACGCUGCUGCUCCUUGUGGACACUGACAGAACUGAAGCUGAGACUGAAAAACACUAAACUUUGCAUAUGAACACUUUUUUAUAUAAUGGAGGAAAAAAAAAGAAUUAUGAUUAUUUAUGAAAAGAAUUAAGAUAUUGAAAUUUCUGAACUGAUUUUUUUUUUUUUUAGAGAAAGCUGCAGCCUGCUCUUACUGUCCCCUUAAAUGUGAUUACCCCCCUCCCCUCCCUCCUCCCCCCUGCAGGUGAGCAGCUCCAUCAGUCUGAAGUGAUUCGCUUUGUAGAGAGGUCGUUUUUUAAAAUAUGACCUGAAAUUUUUUGGCGCUCCGCUGUCGUUCCAGUCUGUUGUCUGUUUUAAGUCGAUAGAUGAAGAAUGAGUUUCCCAGAUGGAACCUGAAAUCAAAUGUAAUCUUUGAUUCAUUUUUUAAAAGAUGAGUUUGGUGUCGAGGUUCCUGUGGGCCUGAACGCACCAUCCGAGGUUGGUUUUCUUUCUUUUCUUGCAGGAGCUCAUUUAGUUGGAUCAUUUAACUCUCGUGAUUUUUCGAGUCCUGCCUCCGAUUCUCCGUGGCUCGUGUUUUAACGAGCCUCUUAAUCCCGCCCCCAAAAACCCGACCGGAGACUCGUCACGGGACACGAGCUUGUUUCAAUUUACAGUUGUUUCAUCACCACGACGUCAUUUUUACAGAAUCCAAAACUUAACAGUGAAGAAAGAAAGAAAAGAAAAAAAGUGCCAACGCUGAUGAUGCGAUCAUGAUACGACCUUAAAAACCACCACGCCCUCUUUGCAAAUGCAGAUUUUCAUCUUCUGAAUGAAAUGUCCAUUAUGAAAACAGCUGCUUUUGUCUUUAUUCCGGUUUAUCCUGGAUUGAAGUUCCGAAGCCGUUUGUUGUUUUUCCUAAAUUCUGAAUGUUACGAAAUAAAAUAAAGAAUCAUGUUUGUAUUAA